UUUUUUUUUACAGUGGUACUGAACUGGGAGGUCUUAUUACAGUACUGUGCUUCUUUUUCAACCGUGGAGAGGCCACCCGUGUGAUGUGGACACCACCUCUCCGUGAAAGUUUUUCCUAUCCUUUCCUUGUACUUCAGAUGUAUGUUUUAACUUUGAUUCUCAGGACCUCAAGCAAUGAUAGAAGGCCCUUCAUUGCACUCUGUCUUUCCAAUGUUGCUUUUAUGCUUCCCUGGCAAUUUGCUCAGUUUAUACUUUUUACACAGAUAGCAUCAUUAUUUCCCAUGUAUGUUGUGGGAUACAUUGAACCAAGCAAAUUUCAGAAGAUCAUUUAUAUGAAUAUGAUUUCAGUUACCCUUAGUUUCAUUUUGAUGUUUGGAAAUUCAAUGUACUUAUCUUCUUAUUAUUCUUCAUCUUUGUUAAUGACGUGGGCAAUAAUUCUAAAGAGAAAUGAAAUUCAAAAACUGGGAGUAUCUAAACUCAACUUCUGGUUAAUUCAAGGUAGUGCCUGGUGGUGUAGAACAAUCAUUUUGAAAUUUCUGACAUCUAAAAUCUUAGGCGUUUCAGACCAUAUUCGCCUGAGUGAUCUUAUAGCAGCCAGAAUCUUAAGGUAUACAGAUUUUGAUACUUUAAAAUACACCUGUUCUCCCGAAUUUGACUUCAUGGAAAAAGCAACUCUGCUGAUAUACACAAAGACAUUAUUGCUUCCAGUUGUUAUGGUGAUUACAUGUUUUAUCUUUAAAAAGACUGUUCGUGAUAUUUCGCGUGUUUUAGCUACAAACGUUUAUCUAAGAAAACAGCUCCUUGAACACAAUGAGCUGGCUUUUCACACAUUGCAGUUGUUAGCAUUUACUGCCCUUGCCAUUUUAAUUUUGAGGCUAAAGCUGUUUUUGACACCGCACAUGUGUGUUAUGGCUUCCUUGAUAUGCUCUCGACAGCUCUUUGGCUGGCUUUUUCGCAGAGUUCGCAGAGAGAAUGUUAUCUUUGGCAUUCUAACAGUGAUGUCAAUACAAGGUUAUGCAAACCUCUGUAAUCAAUGGAGCAUAAUAGGAGAAUUUAAUGAUUUGCCUCAGGAAGAACUUUUACAGUGGAUCAAAUACAAUACCAUACUAGAUGCUGUCUUCGCAGGUGCCAUGCCUACAAUGGCAAGUGUCAAGCUGUCCACACUUCAUCCCAUUGUGAAUCAUCCACAUUACGAAGAUGCAGACUUGAGGGCUUGGACAAAAAUAGUUUAUUCUACAUAUAGUCGAAAAUCUGCCAAAGAAGUAAGAGAUAAAUUGUUGGAGUUACAUGUGAAUUAUUAUGUUUUAGAAGAGGCAUGGUGUGUUGUGAGAACUAAGCCUGGUUGCAGUAUGCUUGAAAUCUGGGAUGUGGAAGACCCUUCCAAUGCAGCUAACCCUCCCUUAUGUAGCGUCCUCCUUGAGCCGAGAUUGUGCCACUGCACUCCAGCCUGGGCGACAAAUCGAGACCCCGUCUCCAAAAAAAAAAAAAAACAAAACUUGAUUGGGAUCCAAAAUCAUACAACUAUACACUAAAAUCAGUGAAUAUUACCUUAUGUAAAUUAAAAAUUAGGAAAUCAAAAGAAAAGCAUACAUAUAAAAAACAGUUUUUUCUAAGCAUUUCUCAUUUGUAGGGUGUUUGAAUUAUGUUGUAUGUUGUCUCAUUUCACCCCCAUAACAAAUCUAUGAAAGAGGUACUUUUAUCCCCAUGUUAACAUGAAUAAACCCAGGUUUGGAAAAGUUGAGAAACAUACUUACUGUCAUAUAGUUAACAAGUGACCGAGCAGGGAUGUGAAGCCAGAGUCCUCUGACUCCAAGGUCUGAGUUCUUCCUCCUGCACAGUGGUCAAUUGGCUAGAUCCACAUAAACAGCAUGCACAAACUCACCACUCACACAUACAUACCCACAGACACACACCACACAGAUGGGAUACAUCUCACAAUCACAUAUAUGGAAUGAGUGAUAUGCAAAUAUAAAAUUGCAUUAUUUUUGUAUUAUUCUCAUUUUAUAUAAAUCCUACCACGAGGCAUAGUCUGUCUCAUUCAUUCAUUCAUUUAUCCAUCCCUUCAUUUAUUCCCUCAUUUCCUCAGGAAAUAGCUUCCCUUGUGGCAGGUGCUAUUCCAGACUCUGGAGAUACUACAGUGAACACAACAGAAUAAACUCAAAAACUCUAAAAUGCAACAAUAAAAAACAAGGAAAUUUCAAAAAGGAUCAAAGUUUUGAACAGACCUUUCAACUGAAAUAUAUAUGUAGUUAAUACACACAAAAAAAACCAAGUAAAUAACAAGUGGGAUAUUUGGUAGUGACAAGUGCUAUGAAGAAACACUAAAGCAAAGUAAGAAGAGUGAGUAAGAGGAGGAACUAUUUUAGAGACAGUGACCGGGGAGGCCUCUCUGCGAAGGGGAAUUGAAGCAGAGAAUGGAUGGAAGAGAGGCAGGGAGUAUUGGGAAGGUCUGGGAGAAGGUUUUUCCAGGACACAGGAAUAACCAGGAGAAGCCCCUGAGGCAGGAGUCGCUUGGCACGACUGAGGUACAGCCAGUGGGCUGCUCUGCUUGGGUGAGCUUGCAGGGCUGAGAGUGGGAGGAAG